AUGGAUGACCACCGAGGGCAUUUUGAGGAGCAUGUACGUGGCAAGUAUGAAGCAAGUCAGAAGGCUGUCCUCAAGACCUCCUCGGAAAUCGCAACGCUCGUUGCUUUCAUCAAAGGGGAGUAUCAACCUGCAUCGAAGGAGGAGGCCAAGAUGCUGAGGAGAAAAAUUCAGCGAAAUGGCUACGUCAUUGCUGACGUGCCUUUACUGGCUAGAGCAGCAGUGCUAUGUACGCAUUCGCUGGACCUUGUCAAAAUGGACCAGCCUGAUGAGGCAUUCAAGUAUUUUGCUCACUUCAGGGACCACUUUUCCAAAUACAGCGUACUCUUCCCUCUUUGCUCCAAAGAGGCCAAGGAAGUUUCUGCUGAACUGGAGAAACGGGUCUUCGCAUACUUCGGCGUCCCCUCUAUUUUGCAAAUGGACAAUGGGACGGAAUUCAGGAACGAGGUGCUCAGAAACCUAGUUGCCUCUUGGGGGGCGUGUAAGAUCAUCCACUCACGCCCACGCCAUCCUCAAAGCCAGGGAUGUGUGGAGAAUGGGAAUGGUGUGGCUAGGCAAAAGCUUAUGCACAUCAUGAAGGAUACAGGAAAUCCCCAUUGGGCUCAACUCCUGCCCCGGGUGCAAUAUGCCAUGAACACUGAACGAGUCAGCAGCAUCAAAGAUGCACCCUACCAUAUUGUCUUUGGUCAACUACCAAGGGUGGCAGCAGCAGAUGAAGAGGUGCAAGAGUUGGAUACACAGGAAGGACUUGCAGCUGCACCAUCUAUCACAAACGACCUAGACCCAUUCCCCACAGAGAUCAUCACAGAAGAUGGACCAACUAAUAACAACUUUGAAGCCAUUACCCCUCAUCCUAUUUCUUCCCCUCACUCUCUUCCUUCUACUCAUCUAACUUGUACUUCUAUUUUCAGCACUGAGGGUGACAUCCCAACUAUCCCACCUCCCUGCGACUUCAUGGACGAGGCUGCAAGUGACACGCAGGGAGAAAUAUCUACACAUUCUACUCAAGUCGAAAACACCUCAUAUGGGCAUGUAGGGAGAAGAAGGGCUGCUCGGGUUGCAUACCUUGAAAACGCUGAGAAAAUGAAGGUGGCACACGCAAAGAGGAAACGUGUUACCACACAAUCUUUCAGCGAAGGUACAAAAGUGUCAAUCAAGAUCCCAGAAAAGGAUCGGGAGGGGUUGCCAGAGCUGCGAUUGCCAGGAAGAGUAGUCGACGUGACUUCCAAAGGGUUAUAUAAAAUUGCAUGUUUGACAGGAGUGGUUAAGACUAGAUUAAGAGGGGGGGAUCUCACAGAGUAUUGGGGCAUGGAUGUUCCUCCAGUGCAAGAGCUGCCUGGGGAGGAUGAUGAGGUGAAUGACACACAAAACACAUCGGCAUCACAACGGAAGAAGCUAUCCCCAGAGGACAUAAAUAAACUGGCCCUGGAUGUAGUUCAUUAUGUGCUUACAACAGACCAGAAGAAGUACGUUAAGAGACCUGACAUCAUAAAGCAUGUGAUCAUGAGAGAAAACAGCAGUUUUUUUAAGGACAUAAUGAAUGAAGCAGGAAUCAAGUUGCUACAUGUGUUUGGUAUGGCACUUGUGGAGCAUCAGGAGAAGAAGGGCCAUUAUACUCUCAUCAAUCGUCUCAGCAACGAUCAUGCAUUACCUCAUCUCAAGUUCUGCAAAGAAGAAGAAGCCAAGCUGGCACUUCUUUUACCAACCCUAGCCAUCAUAUUCAUGAGUGGAGGAGUUGUUGCUGAAGGCAAGUCUCUAAAUCUGUUUUUGCUUGUUCUUCUGGGGCUGAUAAAGUCCAUUAUGAUGUUCUUGAAGGAAAUGGGUAUGGGGGGUGAAAAUUCAUCAAUACACAAGGAACUUGGAGAUGGUGCAUCCCUCCUGAAGCUUUAUGUAGCACGAAAUUACUUGGAGCAGCAUAGACAAGCCAACUCGGAACCUCCUACGUACGAAUACACUUGGGGUGAACGUGCUCUUCGAGAAGUACCAAAGAAGGAGCUUCUUGACUUUGUUUGUAAGAGGAUGGGGAAGUCUUCAAAGGAUAAGAGGGACAUCUAUUACCGCUUGGCUAAGGAAGAGGGCUGGAGGGCUCGAAGUGCGUUCAAGCUCUUGCACAUCAAUGAAGAAUUUGACAUCUUCAAGGACACAAGUAUAGAAGAUAAUAGAGCAUUUUUUGCAGGAGUGAAAAGAGUGGUGGAUUUAUGUGCAGCACCAGGAAGCUGGAGUCAGGUUCUCUCACGGAAGCUGUGUGGAAGCUCAACAAAUGAAGCCGGAGUGAAGAUAGUGGCAGUCGAUCUGCAAGCAAUGGCUCCCAUACUCGGGGUCAUUCAGAUCCAAGGUGACAUCACCAAGGAGUCCACAGCAAAAACCAUUAUUCACCACUUUGAAGGGGAGCAAGCUGACCUUGUUGUGUGUGAUGGUGCACCAGAUGUGACUGGAUUGCAUGACAUGGAUGAGUUCGUCCAAGCACAACUACUUCUCGCAGCCCUCAACAUCACCACACACGUCCUCAAGCCUGGAGGGACGUUUGUGGCUAAGAUAUUCCGAGGGCGUGAUUGCUGCUUACUUAAUGCUCAGCUCAAGAUCUUCUUCCCCGAUGUCACGAUUGCCAAACCGAGGAGCUCUCGGAAUUCCAGCAUCGAGGCAUUUGUGGUGUGCAAGGGCUUUAAACUGCCAGAGGGUUACAAACCAAAUAUGAGUAACCCUUUGUUGGACUUGAAUUACGAUGGUAUGAUGAAUGAACUUGAGGGACCAAACCGUGUCAUUGUCCCAUUUCUUGCCUGCGGAGACCUGUCUGGAUAUGAUUCUGAUCUCACUUAUCCCCUGAAGAGUUCUCGAGGCGAGUAUGAAUAUCAUCAGCCGACUCAGGUGCCUAUCCGCCCACCUUACGAGGAAGCAGUUUCUUUGAGGCGCUCGGAUGGAUUGGCAAAACCCUUGAAUGAAUUUGAAAAGCUCAAACUAUCCAAAUGACUUGAAGAUGAUUUUUAAAUGUUUUAUAUUAUUCAUUGUGGAUGCUUUUUUCCACUGAACUUCAUUGAAUCUGAUGAUGCACAGGUGGAAAUACAUCCUUCCAUGAAUACCCUCAAAGUUGAGGAUUUAAGGAAUCCUUGCUGGCUCCAAAUUCCAAUUGGAUUUGAGCCUGUGUGCACUCCAUUUGUUCACUCAAUUACUUACCAGACUAUCCCCCCCUCAGUCACAAAAGCAAAGGUAUCGAGAACUGCAUG